AUGCCUCUCGUCGCAUCAACCGGAAAACCCCGUGUCAUCCUCGGAUUGAUGACAUUCGGCCCCGACACAAGCAGCGGCGCCCGUGUCACCAGCCUCGACGAAUUCAACCAGCAGCUUGAUUACCUGCAAUCCCAGGGCUACAAUGAAGUCGACACAGCUCGUAUAUACGUCGGCGGCAAGCAAGAGGCAUUCACGCGCGAGGCUCGCUGGAAAGAGCGCGGGCUCAAACUCGCUACCAAGGUCUACCCCACGGAGGAUGGCAUGCACAAGCCCGAGAAGCUGCGCCAGUUGUUUGAGACUUCGCUGAAAGAGCUGGGCACGGAUCAAGUCGACAUCUUCUAUUUGCACGCGCCUGACCGGUCGGUGCCGUUCGCUGAGACUCUGGAGGAGGUUGACAAGUUGCACAAGGAGGGCAAGUUUGUGGAGCUGGGGCUUAGCAAUUUCACUGCCUUUGAGGUCGCGGAGAUUGUGACUUUAGCUGCUGAGAGAGGUUGGGUGCGUCCGACUAUUUAUCAGGCUAUGUACAAUGCUAUCACACGAUCAAUCGAGACCGAGCUCGUGCACGCGCUGCGCAGAUACGGCAUCAGCAUCGUCGUCUACAACCCUCUCGCAGGCGGUCUGUUUUCCGGCAAGAUCAAAAGCAAGGAUAUCAAGCCAAGCGAAGGGCGGUUCAGCGACAAUGCCAGUUCUGGUUUACUAUACCGCAACCGAUACUUCAAAGACGAGACCUUCAAGGCAUUACAGCUUAUCGAGACCGCAGCUUCCAAGCACAACCUGACUCUGCUAGAAAUCGCAUUCCGCUGGAUCCGACACCAUUCUGCGCUUAACGUGAACGGAGGGGAUGACGGGGUGAUUAUUGGCGUCAGCAGCUUUGAGCAGUUGAAAGGCAACCUGGCGGAUUUGGAGAAGGGUCCGCUUCCUCCGGAUGUGGUGGACGCUCUGGAUGAGGCGUGGUUGGCGUCCAAACCUACUACGUCGGUUUACUGGCACAAGGAACUCAAGUACACGUAUGAUACUCAGGCGGCUCUUUUUACGAAGUAG